GUCUAAUUUAGACACAAUAAAUAUGAAAUUACUGUAAAUAAUAAAAUGUAGAAAAAUACUUUAAAAAAAAGCAACAAUCAAAAUGGCUUGCGAGGUGUGCGAACAUUGCAACUUCCCUGUGCGUACAGGCGAAGGAUCCGUACUAGAAGGGUUCAGUUAUCACGACGGCUGCAAGAAAUGUUAUGUUUGCAGCGAAACAGAUUUACACAACGCGGAAGUUUUCAAGGGCGUUAUAUUUUGCUCCGGAUGUUCCAGGCGCAUUUUCAAGGGCUGUUCCACAGCGCGCAAGAUUAAGACCGGGAACAGGCGACGCAGGCGGAGACCACGUUAUCGACGGGGGGAUGAGAAUAGGGUCAUCGAACUCGCUAAAUUAAACUCGUUAGUCAGUGACAGCAAUUCGGAAUCGUCAAAGUUAAGCAAACAACCAAGUGGUGAAACGAGGGUUCUGAAGGAAUCUCGCGUUAAAAUAAAAGAAGAUAACCUGAAGAAGGCCAGCGUUGCUGCAGUUCACAGUAUCGUCAUCAACAUCAUAAUCAUUAUCAUAUUCAUCAUCACCACCACCACGACCAAUAAAAACAACAACUUCAUCACCGACAUCAUAAUCAUCACCAACACCAUAAUUAUCGUCAUCAUCACCACCAACAAUACCAACAACACCACCACCAUCAUCAUCAUCACCACUACCAACAAGAACACCACCACCAUCAUCAUCACCACUACCAACAAGAACACCACCAUCAUCAUCAUCACCACUACCAACAAGAACACCACCACCAUCAUCAUCACCACUACCAACAAGAACACCACCACCAUCAUCAUCACCACUACCAACAAGAACACCACCACCAUCAUCAUCACCACUACCAACAAGAACACCACCAUCAUCAUCAUCACCACUACCAACAAGAACACCACCACCAUCAUCAUCAUCAUCAUUAUAAUCAUCACCACCACCAUCAACAUCAUCAUCAUCACCACCAUCAUCAUCAGCCGGAAGGACGUCCACUGCUGGUGCGAGAUGAGUUUGAACGUUUUUGUAAAUUUCGUAUCAGAGCUCGGCGCUUCGAGGGAGAUGGCUCACGUGGCUCUGAGGAGACGAUCAGAAGUACCGGUGAUCAUACAAUCUGAGUCAUGUCUCCGGCAAAUGAGGUCAAAAAAUAGAUCAUACACGACUCAAGAAUCGGACACUUCUGGUUAUACCGAAUAUUCAAAGGGAAUCGUUAAUAAACACUGGAUGGACAGACGUUUUAGAAGCAUACUGAAACUACCAUACAAAAGUUUUACGAAGAACAUCUUAAAUCGGAGCUCCCUCGUCAAUUCUAUAUGCAGCGAGGAUGAAAAGAAAUCUACAUUGAGAAGAAUUAAGGGAUUAUUUCGUCAGGAAAUUACGGAACAUCAGCGUCGAGGUCUCAAGAAGUUGUUCUCAACAAUAAAUAGUAAAAAAGUACCUUACAAAUUGGGUUGGUUGGGUGUAAUGGAAAAUAUUCCAGAAAAUAUUGGAUGUAAACACUGUCGGAACUCGCAUAGUUAUAGAUGUAUGCGAAAUCAAGUAAUGAAAUCGGCUGGUCCUACGCAGAGCGAAUUGGCUGUAUUCAGGAAGAAAUUGAAGAAAUUUAUUUUCUUUGAUUUUCUCAAAAGUUUGCAUAAUUUUAAUAAGCAAUUUUUAUAUAUGCUGGCGUCGCAAGCUUGUACACAAGAAUCGAUCAUUUGAACAGAC